AUUGACGUCUGGCGGGAGUUAUAACUGCACGCACCCAUACCUCGAGUAUUGCUCUUUUAAAGUAUAUUUCGUUUAAAUAUUCAUUUUAUUUGCGGAAAUGAUUGGACAGAAAAGUAUUAAGUCGUUCUUUUCGCCAGCAUCCAAAAAAAGAAUCGACCGUGCUACCAAACGAUCAUGGAAUUCAACCAAAUACAUAAAAAUAUCGCCUCAGGGGAAAAAGCAAAAGUUGGAGAGCGAUGACGUCACGCGCUCAUCUUCAUCGCUGAGUCCUGAGCAACUUGAACGGAUCAACAAAAACAAAAAAGCGGCUCUGGAAAGGCUCUCUGAACACAAAACUGCUCCGGACGGGAUUGGAGAGAGUUGGAAGAAAGCUCUCAGUGCAGAAUUCGGAAAGAACUACUUUAAAUCAUUGAUGUCUUUUGUUGCUGAGGAGAGGAAAAAACACACCAUCUAUCCACCUGCACAUGAAGUUUUCUCCUGGACACGAACAUGUGACGUACAAGAUGUAAAGGUUGUGAUCCUUGGCCAGGACCCUUAUCAUGGGCCGAACCAGGCUCAUGGGCUUUGCUUCAGCGUUCAGAGACCUGUGCCACCUCCACCAAGCUUGGUGAACAUAUUCAAAGAACUGGCUUCAGACAUCGAAGGCUUUGAGCAACCCGGUCAUGGAGAUCUUACUGGAUGGGCAACCCAAGGAGUUCUGCUGCUGAAUGCUGUGCUGACUGUGCGCGCGCACCAGGCCAACUCUCACAAAGACAAGGGCUGGGAGAUCUUCACAGAUGCUGUGGUACACUGGCUCAGCACUAACAUGCAGGGUCUUGUUUUCAUUCUCUGGGGCUCAUAUGCUCAAAAGAAAGGGGCUGCGAUUAACAAGAAUCGACACCAUGUUCUGCAAGCCGUCCAUCCCUCGCCACUGUCUGCUCACCGUGGCUUCUUUGGAUGUAAACAUUUCUCAAAGACCAAUGAACUGCUGAAGAAGUCAGGAAAGAAGUCCAUAGACUGGAACGCUUUGUGAAGGUUUCCCUGUAUGGCCGAUUCAGUCGUGUAAGUCAGUGGAAUACUUUUUGUCCGGUUUUAAAAGUAACCUUUUUUUUUUCAUUUCCUGCUAAAAUCAGUGUGUUGGUUCUGAAUAUUUGUUCCUUUUUAAGUAAUUUUUUUCCCUUCUCGAAGAGUAUGUAUAUAGUUUAUUUUAAUUACUUUAUUGCUGUUCAUUUUCAUCUACUUUUCUGCAUUUAUCCCUUUUAUGUAGUCAUGUAAAACACUAACAAUGGUGAAUGUUUUCGUUUAUGCCUGUUAAUACAAUAAACUAUUUUUCUACUGAA